AAAAUUUCAGUAAACAUGUCGGAGAGAAAGGCCGUCAUUAAGAAUACCGACAUGGCUGAAGACAUGCAGCAUGACUCCGUAGACUGCGCAACACAAGCUCUUGAGAAAUACAACAUUGAGAAGGACAUCGCCGCCUGCAUCAAGAAAGAGUUCGACAAAAAGUACAACCCAACCUGGCAUUGUAUUGUUGGACGUAACUUCGGAAGCUACGUAACACACGAAACCAAGCAUUUCAUUUACUUCUACCUAGGACAAGUCGCCAUUCUACUCCUUAAGUCUGGAUAAACAUUUAAAAACAUAUCAUAAGUGCUACACGUUAGCUGCUGGACGAAGUCUUAUUUCUGUGACGGAUGUAUUCCACACUUGGACUUUUUGUGUCAUAAACACAAAUAAUACUUGGGGUCAAACAGUGCUUACUGGUGAAUUACGCUGUCAGGUUUUGUCAUAAUUUUAUUGCUAUGAUAUUAUAAAUAUUAUAAGGACACUUGUUGAAAUAUACAUUAACACCAAGAAAA